AUGACGCUCUGGGGCAACACGAAGGACGACGAACCCGAGGACAAUGGCCAGAAUGGAGACUCCAGCAGUCGUGUUGUUCAGUCCCAGCCCGAGCCCCAGCCCCGCGCAUCCACCGAGACCGAUGAGCGCACUCGUCUGCUGCCUCCGCGUCCAGCUGAAGGUUACCUGAGCCCUGAUGAUCCAGCAGUAUCGCCAUACAACCUCUGGAGCGUCCGAUUCCUCCGCUACUUUACGGUCUUCUUCGCCAUCAUCACCUUCCUCUGGUGGGUACUUUUGCUGGUAUCCAUUUUCGUCAGCCCUCCCGGGAUGCAUUCUCGAGGGUCCGGAUUCUUCGACUUCUCAUACACUACCCUGACACUCGGCCUGCUUCUCUUGGGCCUCAUAUCCUUCUCUACUCCAUCCAAGGCUGCACAGGUAUCGUGCUUGAUCGUCGCAGUUGUCUUAUUGCUCGAUAUGAUCUUGAUCAUUACUGUCCCAAGACUUCGGGUCGAGGAGGGCUGGGUUGGAAUUGCAAGCGUUAUUUGGGCGGUGCUGAUCGCCAUUUGGACCAUCAUCACAGACCGGAUUGUCGCUUGGGGCAAGCGAGAGGAAGAGGAACGCCUUACAGGUCGCGCUGAGUCUCGUCGUACCUUAGGCGAGUGGACCUCGGUCCUCUUCUCUACAGUGGUCUUGAUCGCUAUGGCCGCUGUCGCUAUUCUCCUGUCUGCAACUCUCAUCCUCCGAUCUCGCGAUUCUUCCCUGCACGCACCGGGAGAGCGAAUCUUCGUGGAUGGCGCCAAGUACCAAAUCCAUCUGUAUUGCGAAGGAUCUACGAACGUGACGAACGCUGCGGGAAAGAAACUGCCGACCGUCCUCUUCGAGGCCGGUGAUGGACCAUUCGAGCAUGGGAUGAUCAGCAUCGCAACUAACGCCCUGGCCAACGGCAGCAUCUCCCGUUACUGCUACUCUGACCGCCCAGGAUUUGGCUGGUCCGACAAUUCCCCGUCACCAUUCUCCGCCGGCAUGGCAGCUGAUGUCCUCUCCGAAGCUCUGGCUCGUGCUGGCGAAGACGGACCAUGGGUUUUGGCCAGCGCAGGAGUCGGCAGCAUCUACAGCCGAAUCUUCUCUUCGCGACACGGCGGCGACGUCCAGGGCCUUCUCCUGAUCGAUCCCCUCCAUGAGGAUCUCCUCUACCGCUUGGGUUCUCCUCACCGAGGCUUCCUUCUCUGGGCAUGGGGCAUUAUCUCGCCUCUGGGCUUGGACCGUACGCCCGCAGCCAUCUUCAAGGGCCGCACUCGCGAGGACCGUGUUUAUGGACGCUCUGCUUACCAGAACGGAAAGUUUAUCAAGGCUAAACUCCAGGAAUCCUUGGUUGCCGAUUCCUUGACUAAGAAUGAAGUCAGCAGCGCCAGACAUAUCCAGUCGGAGACGACCCCUUUGGCGCUCAUUAGCUCGGGUAUUGAAAUCAAGAGAGACCGAACGUGGGAGCAGAAGCAGGAGGACCUCAGCCACCUGACGAAUAAUCUUAUUAGCUGGGACAUAGUCAGCAAGGCUCCAACUGAGGUGUGGAGGACGUUGAACGGACGAGAGAUUAUCGAGAAGAGAUUGGCAGAAUUGGUGCACGCAUAA